AUGAGUGAUACUUUGGAGCCACAACAACUUCAAGUCGGAGUUGAAGAUGCGACUGCUGACCAGUCACUAGAUGCAUCAACCGCACUUCAAAGUCUUAUUAACGAACUAAAUGAAGGUGAUAUACUAGUCAUGGCAGAUGAGAUUGAAGCCUGUAUUGCGCGAACACAAGAAAGACGUGAACGAGAGUUGGAAGAAAUAAACCAAUCCAAUGAAGAACUAAGGGAGGAAAUCAAACGUAAGGAAGAGAAUAUUCGGACUCUCACCAAGAUUAAUGAUGUGAAGGCUGAUUUGAUUAAAGUUAAUUUUGAUAUUGCAAAUUUUGACUUUUCACCCGUUGAUAAAUCACAAGACUUGUUCCAAGCAAUUCGGAUAAAGGAUCUGGAACUUUACAACUUGAAAGUGGCUUUGACUCAGGAGAAAAGUGAUUUAAAUGAUGAUUUGGGUCAAUUAAUACAAAAGAGAACUAAGUUGCAGAACGAAUUGAAUGAACUUAAUGAGAAAUUGGAAAACCCAGAACCUAAGGAAAAUAUUGAUCCUGAAAAGUUAAGAGAAUACGAUUUAGCAUUACUAAAGAUUAACUUUUAUCGAAAUUUGGGUAUACGUAUUGAAUCAUUCAGGAAGCCAGAACUGACGCCAGGAGCGGCCAGUGAGGCAGCUACUACUCAAGAUCCCGAAAAUGCAAAUGAUUUGUCCGAUGAUCCUGAAUAUGUAGUUAUCGUGACAAAUAGCGAAGGUGAAGUGAAAACCAUGCCUGUUGGCUUGAGUUGUCCUGAAGAGUCCGUGUCCAGAUUCAUUUGGGAGAAUAUCGAUUGA